GUUGUUGGGGGCAGCCAUCUGUUUUUCACUUGGAGCACACCCGUAACAACUUGCGGUUGAGUAGAAGAAACCAAACACACCCAACAUCCAGAGUUGUUGAGGGCAGCCAUAUGUUUCUCACUCGGAGCACACCCGAAAGAGAGUUCACUUCACUGAAAAAAGAGAAUUUUGCAACAGCUGCCACCACUAUGAAGACUCCCUUGGGAUUCCUUCUCUUCUCUGCUCUUCUUGCAACAGGUGACUCUUUGGAGUGUCAAAUAUGCAGUGCCGCAGGGAACACCUGCACUUCUGAGAAGCAUCCCUGUUCAUCUGGCCAGGAUACCUGUGUGACCCUCAUUCUUGAAGGCCCAGUAGCUCCAGGAGGGCUGCAAGUUACUCACAUUACGAAAGACUGCUCUUCCAAGUCAGACUGUGAACAAUAUAAACCAGGAGCACAACUCAGUCAUCCCACAUACCCAACUAUAAUCAAAGAAGUGACCUGCCAGGCCCCUUUCUUCUCAGCAUCCCUUUUUCUGACUCUAUCAGGAUUCCUGCUGCUGAAAAUCCUCUCCUGAUACACCUCUUGGAGUGAGCCUUCACAUCCUUUCCUCUGGAUCUGAUCACUCGGCCUUUCCAAAAACUCCAUUGCUUCUUUGUUUUAAGAAAAGAAACAAAUAAAAUAGAUUGACAAGGAA